AUGACAACAGUAAACGUGUCCACGACAACAGGAAACGUGUCCACGACAACAGUAAACGUGUCCACGACAACAGUAAACGUGUCCUCGACAACAGUAAACGUGUCCACGACAACAGUAAACGUGUCCACGACAACAGUAAGCGCGUCCACGACAACAGUAAACGUGUCCAUGACAACAGUAAUUCCAUCUGAAGGAGGGACAAACACCACAGGAACACCAAUGACGGCGACACCAAUAGCGACCACCAAAGCCACAGCAGCAUUAACCUCAACAACUCACAAUGCAACCAAUUUGUCAAGUGCUUAUGCUCACACUACAAGUGCGCCUGUCGCAACACCAACUUCCAUGUUCACCAUGCGUAAUGCGUCUUUCAGCAUAGGGUCUGGAACCGAGUACUCGUCAGCAGAUUGCGAAUCCUGCAGCAUUGGAGGAACCAUCACAGUGACCAUGUCAUGUAGCAUCAAGAUAAAUGGUAGCGAUGACAAGAAAUGUGACAGGGAAAAGUUCAAGGAAACCAGCUGUGAUUACGUUACUUUGGCCGAUAAAGGGUAUCGCUGUGCUGAGGUGGAAAAUAAUUACACAAACUAUGUGGAGAAAAACGUGAACGUUACAAAAAAAUGUGAUGAAGUCUGCCCAGCCUCUGGCUCAGUGUUGUCUCCACACAUUGUGUUCAUUUUCGCAUCUGGCCUCGUUGUCGGAAUGUUAUCACAGAGUCUGUGAUCCAUCAGCCUUGAAAAACCUAAAGUUUCCAGCACGAAAAAUUAACGUCAUUUCAGUUCUCCAGAAGUAAAGCCAUAGAAAAAUUAUAUUUGUAUUUCACGGAAGUUUAAUAGAUGCAAGCCAAGGAAUUUUAUAAGUAAUUCUUGGAGUGAAAGUUUUUCUGUAGAAAAAGUAUACACCACGGCUGAUAGGGAUGGAAAUCGAGUGUAGAUGGAGAUAGUGUGAUCAAAUCUUUUUAUCGAUGUACAAAUACUUCAAAACGACGAUGUUAAGAAAUAUAAUUUUUAGUUCACACUAUCUUCUCGAUCAAAUGCGACUAUAGAGCGAGGACACAGUGGAAAAAUGAGUGCACAUGCUUGUAACUCGCGAGAAAUUUACGCGUGCAAAGGAAUGGGAACGACAAUAUUUCCAUAGUAACACUAUCGAGGCAAAAUGGAAGCAUUUUUUAAAAUUCUCAUUGUUUGUUUUCAAUUCGUGGGAGAUAGGCCCAAAUCAAAACAAAUAAGGUUACUGUUUUCAGAAAAGCUGUGGUCAAACCUCAUAUAUCUCACACAAAGAGAAAAGGUUUUUGGUAACAGGUGUGAAUUUAGUGACUGAAGUUGAGCAGCCGUAACAUGGCUGAGAAGUUCGUAGCACCUGUUAUCGCUGUAGCGCUUCUGGCCAUCUCCUUCAGUAGGCAAACCCCCAGAGAAAAAGUUUGUUGUCUCGGCUGGAAAAUCCGCGUCAGCUUACGUUUGCAAUAGAAGAACCGUAAGCCCUAAAAAGCUCAAAUAAUUCGAGUCAGGUAGCGGAGCAUGCGCACUCAUUUUGCUGCUAUGUUCUGCUGUGUGUCUAGAGUGAGUAUCGUAGCGCCUGUUAUUGCUUUAGCGCUUCUUGCCACCUCUUUCAGUAGUCAACCCCCCCCGAGAGAAAGUUUGUUGUCCCGGCUGAAAAACCCGCGUCAGCUUACGUUUGCAAUAGAAGAACCGUGAGCCCUAAAAAACUCAAAUAAUUCGAGUGAGGUAGCGGAGCAUGCGCACUCAUUUUGCUGCUAUGUUCUGCUGUGUGUCUAGAGUGAGUAUCGUAGCGCCUGUUAUCGCUUUAACGCUUCUUGCCACCUCUGUCAGUAGUCAAAACCCCCCGGAGAGAAAGUUUGUUGUCUCGGCUGAAAAACCCGCGUCAGCUUAUGUUUGCAAUAGAAGAACCGUUAGUCCUAAAAGCUCAAAUAAUUCGAGUAGCAGAGCAUUUUACCACUGUGUUCUGUUGUGUCUACAGUAAGUAUCAUGAGCUGCCUUUGAAGGUAACUAUUAAGCGUAUUUUACAGUUUUGUUGAAAGGUUCAACUUUGUAAAGAAAUAUGUUUGUAAAGCCAGCGAGUGUAUCAAUUUAUCAUUAAAAGUGUUUAAAGAGGA